UUUGCGCCAUAUUUCUACCUCACUCAGCUUUUGCAAGCAUCUUCACCAUAUUACUGCGCAUGCAAUCCGUAGUAAAUUUUUUCUUAGCAUUGAAUCGUCAGUGCUGUGACCACAUAGUCUUGGAAAACUUGAGAUAUUUCUGUAGGCAUACAUCUAGAUUAUGUAUACAUUUCGUGAUCGAGAUGUACAAUCAGUAUAUGUACAUGUAUAUGCAGUGUCCGUACCAUGAGCCACUAACCUAAUUUGAAACUUUGGUUCAGAUCAUAUACAACAUGUUCAUAUAAAUCACGAAGACAACAAAUUUAUUCAGAAGGAGGUUUUCUUAGCGUUUCGACAUGUAAUCCAAUGUUUCCAGCUAUUGGAAUUAGGAUAUAUACAUAAUGGGUAGAACAUCAAGAAAACGACAUCAAAAGAAGAAACUAAAUGUCAAAAAAUUGGCAGACAAAGGAGAUGAAACCUUGAUGCGUCUAAAGUCUUGGUUAUUAGCAAAUAACUGUUCAUUGAUUUAUGAUUUAAUUCCAUUUGAUUUUCCUAUGACUGGUAGAGGGUUGAAAACAUUGAAAGACAUACAAAACAAUGAAACACUAAUCAAAGUAUCAUAUGAGAUGUUAAUAACAACGACUACAGUCUAUCAAAGUGAUAUUAAUCUUUGCAAUGGAAAUGUUAUUGAUCGUGCUCAGAAGAAAAAAAGUAUAUGGCAAUCAAAAUUUAAGUUCCCACUAGUAAUUUCUGGGUUUACUGGUUGGAGAUUAGGUCAACAGAAAAGAGAUUGUUUUCAUCCUGGUGUAUCCAGUUUAAGUCGCGAAGCUAUUGAUUUUAAAAAUAAGAAAUCAGUUACAGCUUCAGAUAUGGUCAAAGCAAUGCUUAGAUACAUUUGGCCAAAAGAUGAUCCAGACAUAAGAAAGAGGGUACAAUUAGCUAUUGGUUUACUUAUUGGUGCAAAAGUUUUAAAUGUUGGUGUUCCAUUUAUUUUCAAAUAUGCAGUAGACACACUCAAUGCUCAAAGUGUAGCAGCUGGUAGCGGUGCUAUUCUAGGUGUAGAAACUGCACCAGAAACAGUGGCAACAGUAGCAACAUCAUUACUUAUAGGAUAUGGUGUAGCUCGUGCAGGUGCUGCUGGUUUUAGUGAAUUGCGGAAUGCAGUGUUUGCAAAAGUUGCACAUCAUUCUAUACGAAAAAUAGCAAAAAAUGUAUUUUUACAUUUACAUAACUUGGACAUGGCUUUUCAUCUGUCUAGGCAAACCGGAGCAUUGUCAAAGACAAUAGACAGGGGAAGCCGUGGUAUAAAUUUUGUAUUAAAUGCUAUGUUAUUUAAUAUAGUACCCACUGCUUUCGAAUUAGGACUUGUUAGCACAAUACUCUAUUUAAAAUGUGGUGGAGAAUAUGCAACUGUUGCAUUAGGUUGCGUUGGUAUCUAUGCUGCUUUUACAUUAGCUGUUACGCAAUGGCGAACGAAGUUCCGAAUUUUUAUGAAUCAAGCAGAAAAUGAAGCAAGCAACAAAGCAAUAGAUUCACUUAUUAAUUAUGAAACAGUAAAGUAUUUCAGUAACGAAAAAUUUGAAAGCGAACGAUAUGAUGCAUCAUUAAAGAAGUACGAAGCUGCAUCUCUUAAAACAAGUACGAGUUUAGCAAUGUUAAACUUUGGACAAAACGCUAUAUUUAGCGCUGCCUUAAGUUUAAUCAUGGUAUUAGCGGCUAAGAAUAUUGUAAAUGGUACUAUGACAGUUGGUGACUUGGUAAUGGUCAAUGCACUUUUAUUUCAAUUGUCUGUACCAUUAGGAUUCUUGGGUUCAGUAUAUCGUGAAGUAAGACAAGCUUUCAUUGACAUGCAAACAAUGUUUACUUUGAUGACAAUGGACCCUGCUAUUAAGUCUAAAAAGAACGCUGUGCAGUUCAAUAUAAGCCAGAAGAACUCGGACAUUGAGUUUAAACAUGUUAAGUUUCAAUAUUGCGAAGGCAAGACUAUUUUUAAUGAUAUCAGCUUUACUAUUCCAAGUGGAAAGAAAAUUGCUAUUGUUGGAGGAUCUGGUUGCGGUAAAACAACAAUAGUGAGAUUAUUAUAUCGAUUUUUUGAACCACAAUCUGGAGGUGUUUAUAUCAGUGGACACAAUAUUCAAGAUUUAGAUUUAGAGUCUUUAAGAAGCUCGAUAGCGAUAGUACCACAGGACACUGUCCUUUUCCAUGAAAGUAUUUAUUAUAAUCUGCACUACGGAAAUUUGAAUAAAUCUAAACAAGAAGUUUUCGAGGCUGCGAAAAUGGCAAACAUACAUGACCAUAUUCUCAAGUGGCCAAAGGGAUAUGAUACACCUGUUGGAGAACGUGGCUUGAAAUUAAGUGGAGGCGAAAAGCAGCGAGUGGCAAUUGCUAGGGCAAUUUUAAAAAAUAGUCCGAUUUUAAUUUUUGACGAAGCCACGUCGUCUUUAGAUUCUAUUACAGAACAUAACAUUCUUGAAGCAUUACGCAGAGCAACCUCAGGACGUACAUCCAUUGUCAUAGCGCAUCGUUUGUCUACUGUAAUGGAUUCAGAUGAAAUUUUUGUCUUAGAGUGUGGUAAAUUAAUAGAGAGAGGAACACACGAGUCACUGUUAAAUAUACCAAACUCCUUCUACAGUAAAUUAUGGGAAACCCAACAUAUAGGAAUGCCAAAGUCUAAUAAUGAAAAAGAUAAUUGUAAAAAAGCUCAAGGAGCUUGAGUCAAAA